GCACAGUGGCUACGCAUGCACUGGCACCUUCGCAAAAUACCCCAUCCGAAAGAGAGGUGGCCAUUUUCCCUCGCGCUGGAUAUGUGGAAAGCGCUCUCUGAAAUGGAUCCCGAACUCGAGGUAACGGCAAAAAUAUUCAACUACUUCGAAGGGAUGUUUAAGACAAUCGAAGACAACGAAGUGACAGUGGCCUACUAUGGUCCCCAACCUUUUUUCAUCGCCACGACGCCAACAGCAAUUGAGCCAAUUCUCAACAACACACAGAAUUUAAACAAGGCGUUUCUUUACAACAUGAUGAAACCAUGGAUUGGAAAUGGUAUUUUGAUGAUAGAGAAGACCGGUUGGCGAAUGCGAAGAAAAAUUUUGACACCGGCUUUCCACUUCCGAAUUCUGGAUGAUUAUGCACCCAUUAUGAACCGAAGAGCUGAACAGAUGGUCCACAAGCUUUGCCUUGUCAAGGAGGGAUAUUUCGACGUGCUCCCAAUCGUGAGACUUGCAGCGUUCGGAAUUCUUUUUGAAACAGCUUUAGGUGUAAAAAUCGACGAGGAGGAAGUGAACCGCAAAGGGCUUCUCAAAGUCAAUGACGAAAUUGCCGCCAGCGUGAUUGCCCGGAUGGUGAACAUCUUCCACUGGCCGGAUGUCAUAUAUUACAGGACAAAAAAUGCACAAGAGUUCAAGAGGAAUGUAGAGUUCAUCCAGGCGUACAACGAUAGGAUUGUCAAGACCCGAAAGUCCGAGUACAAGAUGGGGUUGGCAGAAUCGGAAUCCAAGAAAUCUUUCCUGGACAUUCUUCUCCGGAUGCAUAUGGAAGAAGGCAGCCUGACUGAGGACCAAGUGCGAGACGAAGUCACCUCCAUUUUCAUUGGGGGAUUCGAUACAACCGCAACAUCUAUUUCCUACACUCUUUAUCUCCUGGGGCAUCAUCCCGAAGUGCAAGCAAAGCUUCAUGAAGAACUUGAUUUUAUCUUCGGUGACGACUGGGAAAGGCCGGUUACGGUUGAUGAUUUGAAGCACCUCAAGUAUCUGGACUGUGUCGCUAAGGAGUCGAUGCGACUCUAUCCUCCGGUUCCUCUAAUCGCUCGGAACAUUGACGAAGAUGUCAAAGUUGGUGAAUACACCAUACCCAAAGGAACGGUGGCAAUCGCAGCCAUCUACUUCAUGCAGCGUCAUCCGAGAUUCUUCCCUGACCCGCACAGCUUUAUUCCAGAGCGAUUCUCGGCUUCUAAAGAAAGAACGAACCCUUUUGCUUACGUUCCGUUCUCGGGAGGAGCGAGAAACUGUUUAGGGCAAAGGUUCGCCAACCUUGAGGACAAGAUUCUCUUAAUCCACAUAAUGCGGCGUUUUGAGAUCAAGUCCAAGGUCCCCAUGACAGAACUUCAGCUCUCCAUCGAGGUGGUUCUCCGAGCGACGCAGGGCUUGGAAAUCGCCCUCACGCCCAGAAGACGGCCUUCUGCGUCCCGUUAA